AGGCUUCUUCCCCAACACUCCCAAGGACAGGAAAGGAGCUAGACCCAGCUCUCCCUGUUUUUCCCUUGCUAUCUUAAGAGUCUCCAUCUCCAGCACGCAGUGCCCUGUGUGGCGAACUCUUCUCCAUCCUCCUGGCUCCCUGCGCUAACAGGCCCGCGGGGACCGACAGGAGGGAGACUGAGUAGCGGUACUGUGGGCAUGCCUGCUCCUUUCCCUUCCCCCUUCCCUGAGCAGCAACGUCACCGCAGCACCAGCAGCCGGCGCGGCUGCAGCCUGGAGACAGGCUGGGAUUGCGCAGCCGCCCUGCGUUAGCUAGGAUGCCAUUGUAUUAGCAGAAAUCAGAUCUUAGGGAGUCGGCCCACUAUCCCCAGUGUGGUCCUGUGGAGCAGUGCCUCAGCUGGAGCUGUCAAGGUGCCAAGCUCUCCUGAUGACAUGUGUUCUGCCCCACUGGGCUCUGGGGGCAGUACCUGGUGCUGUUGAUGCCCUUAUUCGAACUUUCCAGAAUGGAUAGUCCUCCAAAGCUGACUGGAGAGACUCUCAUCGUCCACCACAUCCCCCUGGUGCACUGUCAGGUCCCAGACAGGCAGUGCUGCGGAGGGGCAAGUGGAGGCGGUGGAAGCACAAGGCCCAACUCCUUUUGCCCAGCCGAGCUGGGUGUCACGCAGCCUGACCAAGACGUGGGACAAGUGGACUCCCUCCUCUACAGCAGUCUGCACUCCGCUCCGGGGGCAUCUUCACGACCUGCAGACAGCACCAAGGGUAGAGGCCGAGAUGGAAGAGGCCCUGGGGCCCCCAAACGACACAAUCCAUUCUUGCUGCAAGAGAGUGUGGGUGAGCCAGGACUUGGUGACCUAUUUGAUGACAGCAUCAGUGACAGUGCCACUCAGCAAUCCUUCCACCUGCACAGCACUGGCCAGCCCACCUUCCAUCUGUCUUCGUUCCAGCUGCCACCUGGCCCUAGAGUGGGCAAGCCGUGGGUGGCUACGAGCAGUCGGGCUGGAGUGGUGGAGGGGCAGGAACAGGACCCAGUGACAACCUUGGAUACCGAGCAACAUGGCACCAGCCAUUGCUACCGGCCCGAGCUAGAAGCAGAGACCAUGGAGCUGGAUGAGUGUGGGGGGCCUGGUGGGAGUGGCAGUGGAGGGGGAGCCAGUGAUACCUCUGGCUUCUCCUUUGACCAGGAGUGGAAGCUCAGUUCGGAUGAGUCCCCAAGGAACCCCGAACGCCCUGGCCUGGGGGCUCAGCACUGCCGCUGCAGCAGCACAUCCAGUCAAUCUGAGGCUGCUGACCAGUCCAUGGGCUAUGUCAGUGACUCCUCCUGCAACAGUUCAGAUGGGGUGCUGGUCACCUUCAGCGCGCUUUACAACAAGAUGCAUGGGAAUUCCCGCGCCAACCUCAACUCCGCCCCGCGGUCCUGCAGUGACUCCUCCUUCUGCAGCCACUCAGACCCCGGCGCCUUCUACCUGGACCUGCAGCCCUCCCCAGCAGAGUCUAAGAUGUCUUGCGAGUCCCACCACCCUGAAAGUGGAGGAAGAGAAGGGGGCUGUGGUUGUCCUCACGCCUCAUCUCCUGAGCUUGAUGCCAACUGCAAUGCCUACCGCCCGUACUGUGAGCCAUGCCCCGCCGUGGCUGACCUCACAGCGUGCUUCCAGAGCCAGGCCCGCCUCGUUGUGGCUACUCAGAAUUACUACAAACUCGUUACCUGUGACCUGUCCUCUCAGUCAUCCCCCAGCCCAGCCGGCUCUUCCAUCACUAGCUGCUCUGAGGAACACACCAAGAUAAGUCCCCCGCCGGGCCCCAACCCAGACCCUGGCCCCAGUCAGCCCUCUGAGUAUUACCUCUUCCAGAAGCCAGAAACCCAGCCAGGCGAACAAGCAGCAGCAGGUUCCUCAGCAGAAGCAGCAACUGUCAUGGGCCCUGCUGUGCUCGAGGGACAAGUCUACACGAACACUUCCCCCCCCAACCUCAGCACCGGACGCCAGCGCUCCCGCAGCUAUGACCGCAGCCUGGAGCGCAGUCCUCCUGUCCGCCUGGGCUCAUUGGAACGCAUGUUGAGUUGCCCAGUACGCUUGAGUGAAGGCCCUGCUGCCCUGGCGGGGUCUAGCUCCCCACCCAAGAGGGUCACUUCCUUUGCUGAGCUGGCCAAGUGUCGGAAAAAAGCCGCAGGUUCUGGUUCCCCCCCACUCCGAGCGAGUGUUGGGGACUCCUCCCAGGAGUUCUCGCCCAUUCAAGAAGCCCAGCAAGAUCGGGUGGGCGCCCUGGAUGAGGGCACUCGCUGUAGCCAUAGCCUUCCAGCCAUGCCCUUGGGGCCAGGCCUGGACCUACUUGGCCCAGAGCCCUGGUCCACCCAGGUCUGUCAGGGUGCUCAGUCCAGUGAAGUGUCAUCAGCUGGCCUCAGAGCUGCUGGGCAAGGCCCCCUAGCACAACUGAUGGAUCCAGGGCCUGCUCUCCCAGGGAGCCCCGCCAACAGCCAUACCCAGAGGGAUGCAAGAGCUAGAGCUGACGGGGGUGGUGCAGAAAGCCGACCAGUCCUUCGCUACAGCAAGGAGCAGAGGCCAACCACGCUGCCCAUCCAGCCCUUCGUGUUCCAGCACCACUUCCCCAAGCAGCUGGCCAAGGCCCGGGCUCUCCACAGCCUUUCCCAGCUCUACAACCUCUCAGGCCGCGCACAGCAGCCUGCCUCACUGGCUGCCCCCCCUGCUCAGGGCCCAGCCCCAGCUCCCUUGGGGGAGCCGCAGACAUCCUCACCUCCAGCCACUAACAGAGGUGCCAAGAAAGCAGGGCCUGAGCCAGAGACCUCACGGCCGUCACCCCUGGGCAGCUACUCCCCCAUCCGGAGCGCUGGCCCUUUUGGGCCCAGCACUGACUCCUCUGCCUCUACUUCGUGCUCCCCUCCUCCAGAGCAGGCCACAGCCCCUGAAAGCCUUCCCCCAUGGAGCCACUCUUGUCCUCCUACUGUCCGGCCUGCCACCUCCCAGCAGCCACACAAGGAGGAUCAGAAGACGCUGACCUUGGCUGAGUACCGACUCCAUGGAACAGGAAGUUUGCCACCUCUGGGCUCCUGGAGAUCUGGUUUCAGCCGGGCAGAGAGCCUGACCCGAGGAGGUGGUGAGGGUACCAUGGCCUCCAGGCCCAACAAUGCCAACCACUUAUCUCCUCAAGCCCUCAAGUGGCGGGAGUACAGAAGGAAGAACCCACUGGGGCCUCCCGCUUUGUCAGGGAGCCUAGACCGAAGGCCGCAGGAAGCACGGCUGGCUCGAAGGAACCCCAGCUUUGAGUUCCCUGGCUCCUUCAGUGCUGCCAGCCACCUGAAUUACAGGCUAAAUGCUCAAGCAAUGAAGCCAUUACCACUGACCUGCCCAGACUUCCAGGACCCCUUUUCCUUGGCUGAGAAGCCUCCUGCCGAGUUUUGUCUGUCCCCAGAUGGCAGCUCAGAUGCUAUUUCCAUUGACCUGCUUCAAAAGAAAGGACUGGUAAAAGCUGUCAACACUGCUGUGGACCUCAUUGUGGCUCAUUUUGGCACAAGCCGGGAUCCUGGGGUAAAGGCAAAGCUGGGAAACAGUUCUGUGAGCCCCAACAUCGGCCAUCUUGUUCUCAAGUACUUGUGCCCUGCAGUCCAGGCCGUGCUGGAGGAUGGGCUCAAGGCCUUUGUACUAGAUGUCAUCAUUGGACAACGCAAGAACAUGCCAUGGAGUGUGGUGGAAGCAUCCACCCAGCUGGGCCCAUCCACCAAGGUCCUGCACGGCCUGUACAACAAAGUCAGCCAGUUUCCGGAGCUCACCAGUCACACCAUGCGCUUCAAUGCCUUCAUCCUCGGCCUGCUCAACCUCCGGUCCUUGGAGUUCUGGUUUAAUCACCUAUUCAACCAUGAAGACAUCAUCCAGACCCACUACCAGCCCUGGGGCUUCCUGAGUGCAGCUCACACCGUGUGCCCCGGCCUCUUUGAGGAGCUGCUGUUGCUGCUGCAGCCCCUGGCCCUGCUGCCCUUUAGCCUCGACUUGCUGUUCCAGCACCGGCUGCUGCAGAGUGGGCAGCAGCAGCGGCAGCACAAGGAACUGCUGCGGGUGUCCCAGGACUUGCUGCUGUCUGCCCACUCGACGCUGCAGUUGGCCCGAGCCCGGGGCCAGGACGGCCCUGAAGACAUGAACCGAAAAACUCCUGGGGAGCGGGUGAAGGGUGUGGGUGCCCCAGAAGGUAGAGAAGAGGAAGAGGAAGAGUCAGAAGAGGUGGCAGAGCCAGCUGGGGGUUCAGGGCAUGGCAGGUGGGCUCGAAGUGGACAGGCUGGUUGGUGGUAUCAGCUCAUGCAGAGUUCCCAGGUCUACAUCGAUGGCUCUACAGAGGGCUCCAGGUUCCCUCGAAGUAGCAGCAGCAGCAGCAGCAGCAGCAGCGGUGGUGGCAUCGGCAGUGGCCAUGGCCUGGAGAAAAAGAAAGGGACCGGUGGGGCAGGGGCUCCCCAGGCUCCACCUCCACGUGAGGGAGUAGUGGAGGGGGCUGAGGCCUGCCCAGCCCCAGAGGAGGCCCUUGGCCGGGAGAGGGGCUGGCCCUUCUGGAUGGGGAGCCCUCCUGACUCCGUGCUGGCUGAGCUGAGGCGCAGUCGGGAGCGGGAGGGGCCUGCUGCCCUGCCAGCAGAAAGUGAAGAAGGGACCACCGAGCCUUCACCUGGGGGCAUCAAGUGGGGACACCUCUUCGGUUCCCGGAAAGCUCAGCGGGAAGCCCGGCCCCCAAACAGGCUGCCCUCAGACUGGCUGAGUUUGGACAAGUCCAUGUUCCAGUUAGUGGCACAGACAGUGAGUGCCCGACGGGAGCCAGAGCCCAAGGAGAACCUGCAGGACCCACACUCUCCAGCCUCGCCUCCCCACCCUCCGCGGGAGGUGCAGGCGCUGUGCCAUCACGUGGCCACAGGUCCUGGACAGCUGAGCUUCCGCAAAGGAGAUGUCCUACGGGUGCUGGGACCAGCUGGAAGAGACUGGCUGCGUUGCAGCCUCGGCCCUGACACUGGCCUGGUGCCUCUGGCCUAUGUGACCUUGACCCCAACUCCAAGUCCAGCCACAGGAAGCAGCCACAACUGAGGCCCUGUGCAUGCUAGUGGCCCCAAGGACCCUCAUAGCUCCCAACUCAGAGACUGAGAGCCCGUCCAAGCCUCUGGCUUGGCUGUGUACAGCCGACUGAGAGCUGGAGUCCACAUACCCCUGUGCUGGCACCUGCUCCCUGUGCUCAGUAUUAAUUACUCCCCUUUAACUGUCCCAGUGGCCAUGUUCCGACCUCCAGCCAGGAAAGGAGGGAAAGGACAUAGAGCUGGGCUGCCAGGAUUUCCUUGUCCCAUCUGGGCCAACCCUUCCGCGGGUGUAGACAAGUAAAUCCCUACCGAGGGAGGUAACCAAGAAAGCCAUUUGUAGGGUUCUCUACGCCGGAUGGAGAAAGAAUGAGGAUGAGAAACAGUAUUGGGGCCAGAUGUGCAAGCCCCUCAAACUGUAAAUAGGCUAUGACCAGUGCGUGGUCAGCAGAAGAGGGAAAAGGAGCCCAGGCUUCUGUUUAUGUAUUUAUUUAUUUAUUUAUUACACCUAUUAAUAAAAAAGGUGCUCAGCCUCCAAACCA